GUGAAGACGGUCAACGACUGCGUCGGCGAGGCCGUUACCAAUGCCGUCGCGAAUCUCGCGGAGGGUGAAAUUCUGCUGCUCGAGAACCUGCUUUUCCAUGCUGGGGAGAAGGCGAACGACGCCGAUUUCGCGCAGCAGCUUGCGGCCAACGCGGACCUCUAUGUCAACGAAGCGCUGAGACUGGCGAGCGAUGAACACGCGUCCACGGUCGCCGUGACCAAGUAUACCAAGUCCGUUGCUGGGCUCGCGCUAGCGAAGGAGCUGGACUAUUUGGUUGGAACCAUCUCUGCGCCCCAGCGGCCGAUGAUGGCCGUCGUGGGUGGAUCUAGGCUUUCCUCCAAGAUUACCUUGCUGGAGAGUCUUCUUGACAAAUGCGAUGUCAUUCUGCUGGGCGGCGGCUUGAUCUUUACGUUCUACAAGGCGCAAGGCUUAUCGAUCGGAAGCUCGACCUGCGAGGAGUCUCAGAUUGGCCUGGCGGCCAGUUUCCUUGAGAAGGCGAAGGCAAAGGGCGUGGAGGUGGUCUUGCCCACAGACGUCAAUAUCGCCGAUAAAUUCGACGCCAAUGCCAACACCCAGAUGGUGCCAAUAACAGCCAUUCAGGACGGCUGGAUGGGUCUGGACCUCGGAGAUGACACUAUCAAGUCGUUUUCUUAUAAGCUCUCUGAUGCCAAGACCAUAUUCUGGAACGGCACCAUGGGUGUCAACGAAUUUCAUAAAUUUGCGGGUGGAACCAAUGCCAUGAUUUCGAAGCUCGCAGAAAUGACAGAACGUGGUGCCACGACCAUCAUCCUAGGCCGUGACACGGUGGCAGCAGUGGAACAAGCAGGACUGGCUGGCAAGAUGACCCAUGUGUCUACAGGUGACACCGCGGGAUUGGAUCUGGUGGAGGGUAAAGUGCUCCCUGGCGUGGCUGCCCUUGACGAUGCAUGA